GGACUCUUCCUGAAAGAGCCCGGCAGCCAGAGACCGCAGCGAUUGGAAUGGGCGCCGGCUGCUCGGCCCUUUGCCUCCCGGCCUCGUCGUCUCUCAUCGCCUUCGCUCCCAAAACCAUCGCCGUCUCCAAUUCUUCUACUCCGACCUCCAACUACAAACCAAAAUACUCCUCCCCCUUCGCUCCCAAUACCAUCCUUUUCUCUCGCCCCCAUCUUCGAACACCUCAUAGAAGCAUGGACCUUUCUUCAUCUUCUUCUCCCGUGCCCUCUUCUUCUUUGCUCCCUGUGGGAUGUGGGAGAUCCGGUGAGCUCGAAGAGGCUCGUGAUGUGGCCACGCCGGGGCAUGGGUCUGGUGCUCGCGGGGUUCCUCCGGGCUUGCUGGAGAAGUUGGUCUAUGAUGCUCUGGUUUGGUGCUCUCUCCAUGGGCUUGUCGUCGGGGAUAAAAGCGUCCAGAGAUCAGGAACAGAUCCUGGCAUUGGUCUGGUUCAUGCCCCAUUUGCACUUUUGCCAAUGCCAUUUCCAGAAGGUUACUGGAGGCAAGCAUGUGAGUUAGCUCCCAUUUUCAAUGAGCUUGUAGAUCGUGUGAGCUUGGAUGGAAAAUUUUUGCAAGAUUCUUUAUCCAGAACAAAGAAGGUGGAUGCUUUUACUGGUAGGCUCCUAGAUAUCCACUCAAAGAUGUUGGAAAUGAAUAAACGGGAGGACAUUCGUUUGGGACUGCACCGGUCAGACUAUAUGCUUGAUGCCGAAACUAACCUACUUUUUCAAAUAGAGCUAAAUACCAUUUCAUCCUCAUUUGCUGGUCUUAGUUGUCUAGUAAGCGAGCUUCACAGAAAUUUAAUUAAUCACUAUGGGAAAGACCUAGAAUUAGAUUCAAGAAGAGUUCCUGGAAAUACAGUUGUUAGCCGAUAUGCAGAGGCAUUAGCUAAAGCAUGGAAUGAAUAUAACAAUAGCAGUGCUGUAGUAAUGCUUGUUGUUCAAACUGAAGAGCGCAAUAUGUAUGACCAACAUUGGCUCUGUGUCGUGUUGAGGGAGAUGCAUGGCGUGGCCAGUAUUCGCAAAAGUUUGGCAGAAAUAGAUGCGGAAGGGCAGGUUCUACCUGAUGGAACACUCAUUGUAGGUGGCCAAACAGUUGCUGUAGUCUAUUUCAGGGCUGGUUAUUCACCAAAUGAUUAUCCUUCAGAAUCAGAGUGGAGAGCCAGGCUUUUGAUGGAACAAUCCAAUGCCAUUAAGUGUCCAUCAAUAUCUUAUCAUUUGGUCGGGACCAAGAAGAUCCAACAAGAACUAGCAAAACCAAAUGUGCUUGAAAGGUUUCUUGAGAAUGAGAAUGAUAUUGCUAAACUGCGGAAAUGUUUUGCGGGGUUGUGGAGUUUGGAUAAUAUAGAUGUUGUGAAAUCUGCUAUUGAAAGACCUGAACUCUACGUUCUCAAACCCCAACGAGAAGGAGGAGGGAACAACAUUUAUGGUGACAGAGUAAGGGAAAUAUUAAUUAGGCUGCAGCAGGAAGGGAGUGAGGAACUUGCUACGUAUAUUCUGAUGCAAAGAAUCUUUCCAACAGCUUCUUGUGCCUAUCUAGUCCGGGAAGGCAUUUGCCAUCAGGACCAUGCCAUUUCAGAACUUGGGAUAUAUGGUGCCUAUUUACGGAACAAAGAUAAGGUGAUCAUGAAUGAUCAAUGUGGCUACCUGAUGCGGACCAAGGUUUCUUCCUCAAAUGAAGGUGGGGUUGCUGCUGGGUUUGCAGUCUUGGAUGGUAUUUAUCUGACUUGACAAAGCAUUUCUACUGAGGUUAUUGCCUGUGGAGCAUGGUAAACAGUUCCUCACAACUUUUUAGGAUGUAAAAGUAACAUCAAGGAAUUAUUUAUCAUCUAUGCAUAAUACACAGCAUUUCUUUCUUGCAGUAACACUUGCAUUUUUCUCUUUAUUUUCUCAAAAAAAGAAAAAGGUAUAUGCUCUAUCAGAACAAAUUGCAUUGGAGCACAAUAUUUAUGUAACCGUCCUCUUGGACACUGAAAAGGUUAUGUUGUGUACUGAAAAUAAUUGUGAUGCAAAUGAUGUCUAUUGGCAAUGUCCAACAGCUAUUCUGGAAAUAAACAAUUCAGGGCCGAUUGUAUGAUUGUGUUUA